GGCUCCGCUUGAGGAGGCUUUCUGAUCCCGCCUCUAGGUUCGCACCACACUCCUAUUGGACGGUUCAACUCCAGGCCCACAUACAAACUCCGCCCCACGUAAACAUUGGCUAGCCUAGUCCUAGGGGCGGUUCCAGUGAGUGUCGCUUACCGGUUCUUUUCUCCCAUUGGUCGGCCUUGAUUUGGGGAGUGGCUCCUAGCUCAGAGGAUAACCACGCCUUGCGUUCCCAUUGGCCGUUCCAUCCGCCCCAGCACCGCCCCUCCCCCGCCUAUUGGCCGGCUCUGCUCGCGGGACCCGUGGCAGUUCAGGCAACAGAGCUGACCAAGCAGUCGUUGGCUGCAGAAAUGACGCCGGAGGACCAGGAGGAGACACAGCCGCUCCUGGGGCCGCCCGGCGGCAGCGCUCCCCUCAGCCGCCGGGUCUUCCUCGCCGCCUUCGCCGCCGCCCUGGGCCCGCUCAGCUUCGGCUUCGCGCUCGGCUACAGCUCCCCGGCCAUCCCCAGCCUGCGCCGCGCUGCGUCCCCAGCCCUGCGCCUCGAUGACGCCGCCGCCUCCUGGUUCGGGGCCAUCGUGACCCUGGGCGCCGCGGCGGGGGGCGUGCUGGGCGGCUGGCUCGUGGACCGCGCCGGGCGCAAGCUGAGCCUGCUGCUCUGCACCGUGCCCUUCGUGGUCGGCUUUGCCGUCAUCACCGCCGCCCAGAACGUGUGGAUGCUGCUCGGGGGCCGCCUCCUAACCGGCCUGGCCUGCGGUAUUGCCUCGCUCGUAGCCCCGGUCUAUAUCUCUGAAAUCUCCUACCCCGGAGUGCGGGGGCUGCUGGGCUCCUGUGUGCAGCUGAUGGUCGUCACAGGCAUCCUCCUGGCCUACCUGGCAGAGACCAUCUUUGAGGAGGCCAAGUUCAAGGACAGCAGCCUAGCCUCGGUCAUCGUAGGCAUCAUCCAGGUGCUAUUCACGGCCAUGGCGGCCCUCAUCAUGGACAGAGCUGGGCGGAGGCUGCUCCUGACCUUGUCCGGUGUGGUCAUGGUGUUCAGCACCAGUGCCUUUGGUGCCUACUUCAAGCUGACCCAGGGUGGCCCUAGCAACUCCUCACACGUGGACCUCUUGACGACUCUCUCCAUGGAGCCCGCCAGUGCCAGCGUGGGGCUGGCCUGGUUGGCAGUGGGCAGCAUGUGCCUCUUUAUCGCCGGCUUCGCUGUGGGCUGGGGGCCCAUCCCCUGGCUCCUCAUGUCUGAGAUCUUUCCUCUGCACGUCAAGGGCAUGGCCACCGGUGUGUGUGUCCUCACUAACUGGUUCAUGGCCUUCCUGGUGACGAAAGAGUUCAGCAGUGUUAUGCAACUCCUGCUCAUACCAUCUCUGAUUGCUACCAACAUCCACUUAGAGCUACCAGUGGCUGUGGACACACACACACACACACACACUCUUCAGAGGUUCCCUAGGACGUCCUCGGGGCCUCCUCAUCAGAGCCCAAGAUGCUUCAGGGACCAGAACCAGCCCCAGCUGACAGUCUUGAAUCGGCCCCAGAAGCUCGGCACAGGAUCAUGGAGGGCAGAUGGAACAUCCCCAAAGGACAGAUGCAUCAGUAGAAGCUGUGCUUUACCCCUCCCAAAGCAGAAAUUUGCACCGCCCCCCACCCCACAUCCAAUCCCUACCCCCAGAACUUUCAGGAGAAUCCUGGCUUCUGCACUCUCCAGGCAAUGAAUGCCCUGACGCCACCCAGUGGCCAUAGGCAGAAUUGCACCAGUUGAGGAGUGAAGCGCUCUGCUACCUCCCAGUGGCCCUGGUUGGGAUCCCAAGACUAAGGAAAAUCGCUACUGCCCCCCGGCCAUUAUGGGGUUAGCAUCCGCGGGACCUUGUGGCCAUGGGCAGAACAGCAGCAACUGUAGGGGGCUAGGAGCCAAGGAAGGCAGGCAGUCUCGAAACUGGAAAAGGCAAGGAAAGCGAUCCUCCCCUAGAG